AGAAAAAAGGAACCGAAAAGGUUGGCUGCAGGGCCCGUAAAUGACUAGGCUUCAAGAGGAAACUUCUUUUUAGCUGUGACGGCCGUUUUGUCUCUCACAUCUCCAGUUUAACAAAGCUUUCUAAACCCCCACUCUGGAAAAUUAUUUUUCAUCUGACUUCCAUUACCGCAGCUCGUCUGUGUGGAGAAUCUAAUAAACCCUCCUAAUGGCCUGGUGCACGUUCUGCUGGGUUCUGAUGGGCCUUUUAGAUGUUAGCUGUGAAGUAACCAAGCCAGCAGAUAUGAUGUGCACUGAGGUGAGUGAUAACUUGUUUGUCUCUCUAUUCGGGGAAAAGCGUCUUCAAGAGAGAAUCAAUAAUUAAUCUGUGGCAGUGAAUACUUGCAUGCUAACAUCAGGUUACUUCAAAGGGCUAUGAAAUUUGCGGUUGGUGGGGCAAAAUUAUCAGGGACAAUGCUGUGCCUUCGGAGCACAUUCGCUAAAACCGGCCUCAGGCAGGAAAAAUUUCUAGACCUCGAGGAUCCUUUCUCGCUGAAAAGGCAAACCUUAAAUUAGCAGCGAUAAUCCUGUGCCAUUUUAGCGUGGGACUUAAUAGGGACAGUCCUAUGCGUAUCUACUUGGAAAUCUAUUUCUCGUUGUUUUAAUGGAGUUUAUUCUCUUGUACUCGCAAUUUUAGCCUUAUAGCUAUGCAUUUUCACUGUGUUCAGUAGCACAGUGCUCUCUGGUGCAGAGCAAGUUUAUUUAGGAUUCCAACCUAUGAAUGCAAUCCUAUAUACAGUUCAUAGGAGCCAACUCCAGGGGGCCACAGGUGCUUGGGCAACCACAAUAAUAUAAUUGGGGGAGGGGACUGGGCGCCCACAAAGUCAAUGAGAAAAGACGGCAUGAGGUGGCGGCACUGCCUGUGAGAGAGAAGCAGUUCAGUUCCUCCCUCAGCAUCCAGGAGGCGAGGCACCCUUUAAUGGGGAGGGGGCUGGGAUGCAGAGGCAGAGUCUCUCUGCCUCCAAGUCUGAGCCCCUCCCCACAGAAAAGGGUGGCUUGCUGCAGUGGCAGAGCUUCAUGCUCCAGCACCGGGGACGGAGAGCAGGUGAGGGCGUGGGGCACGUCCUGGGGGCAUGGCAGCCAGUGCAGGGGGGGGAGCCGGAAUGGCACCCCACCGGGAUCGUGGUGCCAGGGGGCGAUGCACUCCCCGCCCCCUUCCUCCGCCAGUGCCUUGCUUGCUGCAGAGAGGAGGAAGAGAAGGUGCUGUGCCACCGCCCACCACAACUAUGUGCAGGCAUGUAAUAUCCACGUUGUGGGGGUGGGCACCCACAAUCCUGAGGGCGAGAUGGCGCCCCUGAUACAGUAAUUGGGAGUAAGCCCCUUGCUGCCUAUUGCACCAAAGAUUUAAGCACAUCUCCUGCAAGGAGGUCAUACAGUGCAAUAUGUCAAUAAGCAAAAGGACCAGUCUGCAAAAUCUUGUCCUGAAUUGUGUCUAAGAAGUUUUAAACGGACAUGUAGACAUGAGAGGCAAUGACAGAGAACCCAUUUUUGAGGUAGUGCACACAUUUUGCAGACUGUGCGUACACAUGGACGUUUUACUAGAUGUUUUCUGGAACCAGAGGGGGUUGUAAUGAAACAGACCACUGGUGCCUUUAAUCUGUUUGCAGCAGGGCUUCCGAACAGGUGCUUUGUUUUAUAAGCAGUUUAAAUGUACCUAAUUUCUGUAGAACUAGACCUUUUUUUUUUGCACACUUUAUGCUGCAAGCAGUAACAUCCUUGAUAGAUGCAGCAGAGGAGACGAGUCACAGUUACACAAGUAGGUAGGUUAAUAUUUCUUUCAGCUUUUCACCUUAUCAAAGAACUACCUUUGCAAAAGCAAUACUUGAUGAGUGUAUUUGAAUGUGCUUUCAGAAUUUGUUAAAAGAGGCGGCAUUUUCUAUACAGUACCGGGGGGGAAAUGUCCCCCCUCCACUAGAUAAAAUAGCUACAGACUAAAAGGAGCACUAAUAUUUGCAUUUAACUUCCCCUUUUAAUUAUUCUAAUAAUUUUUCUCACUUUAAUGUUUUAACCUGUUGCAAUAGUUGUCAUCUGGCACAUAUCCCACUCCAGUUUCAAGGAUAAUUAGGAGUAACAGAACUAAGAAUGGCCUCUGCAUAGGGCCAAACUAGAAUUGAUCUUAAUCACAAUAUUAGCAUCCGCAUAGGCUUUAAAAAAGAGAGAAAGAAUAUCAAUCACUGGGAGCCUAUCUGGACUAAGACUGUGGUGUUGUGCAGCUUCAAGUGUUUAUUCACACCAUGGUCCCACUCUGAAUCUGUAUUCAGGUCCUUUAUAGAUCUAACAACAAUAACAGCAGCUUUUAGCACACAAAGUUCAAUACUAGAAUUUGCAGUCCAACACAUGGCCCAAGAGCCAUGAGACCAGGGCAGUCCAACACAUGGCCCAAGAGCCACAUGUGGCCCUCAAGGCCUUUUUUGGCACCCCUCGGAAACAAUUGAUGGCCCCACUUGUUGUAAUCUCAUUGCUAAGCAACAACAUGCAGGGCUCAGUGGAGGCCAGCCAACCAACAAGAGUCGUCUCUGAGGUGUACUUGCCUUGCGGCAGAGUCAGCAUCCGAAGUCAGGUCCAGUCCUAGGGUUGGGUGAACAGCAACCCAUGUGGUCAGAUGGUCUGGGGUCAGAAAAUCCAAAGAUCAUGGGGUCAAGGGUCAAGACGAGCAGAAAGCAGCAAUAUAGGACCAGGAACUACAAGUGUUGUUACCAGCCUCUGACUGCUGUUGGAAGCUGUGCUUAAGAAGGCUGAAGCCAGCUGGUUCUUAUCAGUGCCUUCUCCUCUGAGUCCUUGAAGGCUGAUCAGCUGCAGGUGGAGUCACUCCCCCUUCAGGCUGCUGUUCAGUAGGUGAAGCUGGCUCCUGGCCCAUGACACCAUCCAGCCCUCGCACUGUGUUCCCAAAGCUGCGUAAGUGAGGUGCUGGGCUUUGGGAAGGAGGUGUGAGGGCUCUAACAGGGUCCUAACAAGGUCCUCCAGCCUCCUUUGCAAAUUCUAGUUAGUGCUUUUUCAGCUUUGGGGAGGUGGGAGGGCCCUGCCAGAGGCUCACACCUGCUUCCCAAAGCCUGGUGCCUUGCUUAUCCAGCUUUGGGAAGACAGCUCAAGGGCUGGCGGGUGGGUGGGGGUCAAAUUUUGGCCUUGCUCCCUGCAAUGCAACAAGGCAGUGUGUGGCCACAGGUUCUGUAUCCAACUACUUUUUGUGACCCACUUGGUCUGCCCUGAUUUUGACAGCGCCAGUCACAUAGCAUUAUAUUGACUCUAAUAUCUUAUGUCGUCUGCUGGUGUAGUCUCUUCCCCUCCCCCAUAUACAGAGUUUCAGAAAGAAGAGUCCAUAUCAAAUUAAAAAUGACACUCAAAGCACAACCCUAUACUUUUCUAUUCAGGAAUCCCAUUGCAGCCUCAGUCAUUUGAAAGACUCUCCCCCUCCCACUUUUUUUAAGCCAAUACAGCUGUGAAAAGCUGCAGCUUGGACUGGACAUUUUGGGAGAGGGUCCCUCUCAUUACUUAUCUGCAGGGCAGUUUUCUUACAGAUAUGAAUAAAGCCUGUAUCACCUUAGAUAAAAUAUGAGCUGGCUUGAAGGUGCCAAAAGCAGGGUCCAGAAUGUGAGGGGAAAUCCCCUCAGGUUUGCCUUCCUUUUAUAGUUCUCAAAAUUUGUAAGUUGUCUGACAAUUAAAGAAGUCACCAGCAUCGCCUGAACUAUUGCCUUUGAUUUCAGAUACAAACACCAGAGUUUCUGAAAACUACAAAAGACCCUUGCUGGUACUAUUACUACAAUAACAAAAUAAUUUGUUGCACAAUGCUUAUACACUUCACCUUCCAUGAAAAAAUAAAAAGGAGAUAGCAUGUCAGAUUCCCAGGCAGAGUCCAUUUUUUACACUGGUACAGAUUCAGGCCAGUACAGAGAUGGGACAAUAUUAGAAGUUUCAAAAGGAAUUUGUUUAUUUAUUUACAAACUCCAAUUACAAGAGAUUGCAUUGUGCCAACAGAGAUGCACACACCUCUGUUGCAUUAAUGCAUCUCUGUGCAUCAAAGUGUGUGGAUCCAUAAAACUGUGUGUAAUUUUUACAGCUUAUUGCUAACAGAAGUUACAGUUGUGAAGAUUUGGGACUGAAAGAGAUUCCUGAGCAACUACCUAACAUAACCCAAGUCCUUGAUUUCAGCUUCAACUUCCUGCAUUCCCUUCAGCAAUCAACACUCAGCAAGCUGAAAGAUCUGGUAUAUUUAGACUUAACAAGGUAUGCUAGAUCUUUGUCCUCACCUCUUUUUGUGCAAAUUGGGACUUUCACUUCAACUUUUCAAGCAAGUGGUAACUGUGGUUACAGCCAAGAGAUCUUUAAGCCUCAAAGCUAGAACUCUCAUCUACCCAAACCUGCUCCCACAAGUCAUUGCACUGUGAAUCGAUACUUGUUAGAAAAUUUUGUAGUUGUGGUAAACUGACGCCAGCCUUUAGACAGUCACAACCUGUGCAGUGCUAUUACCUAACGCUAUGCUAUGUGCAGCCUAGAACUGACACCUAAAACUGCUGCCUGAAGUCCUAUAAUGCUAUGCAAAAUCACCUGAAAGGCAAAACCAGACCCUGCCAAGGCACACAUAUUACAAGACCAGAAAUUCAUAGAACUUGCUUCAUUACCCUGCAGUAGUGUAUUGAAAGAAGUCCUAUAUGACAAACUCUGGGUGCAUAUUUUGUUUCUUGACAUCUAUAUAAACUGACUGACCUAUCUUGCAAGGAAAGAGGAAAUAGGAGAAACCACAAUAUGGCCAGUGUCAGGAAAUGGCACUGGUUUCUUCUAGGGAAAUAGCAGUAUUACUCACUAUAUAGCUCCUAAAUCAGGCUGAACCCUCCUCUUACAUCUCUGCUUGGUUUGCUUGCUGGGGUGAGGAUUAAGCUCCCCCCCCCGCUACACAGGCACUAAUGGCUCAUGCUUGAACAAACAGCAAACAUACAAAACUUACUGCCCUGUACCUGCACACAGAAUUCUGUUUUUCAUACAAAUUGUGCUGCCAAAACCAAAUGAAGAGGCAAGGAGAACAAACGCCUCAAUUUCAGAGAAUAGCUGAGGAGUGUGAAAAGCUGCUCUUCAACAAAAUUGCAAAAGCAAAUGCUUUGGCACACUGGUAUACCCUCCCGUGUUAUAUGACUUACAAGGAUUUAUGCAAGUGGGUGCAUUGGAAUGUUCCUGGAACAUAGUGCAUGGCUACAAAAAGGUACAGCGGUUCAUGCUCAGCCUGAAAUUAGCAGAGACCCUCAUUGAUUAAAAACAGACACACAACUUGGGUACCCAUCCAUGCACAUCUUUUUCAUUGGAAUUUCUCCCUCCCCUUCACACCCUCCCCAGAUCUGCUCCAGAGGGUUUGGGAACCCCUAGAACAGAUUUAGGGCACACAUGGUGGGAGGAAGAGAAAAUGUUUCAUUGUGCAAAGAUAAAUGACUGUGCUGACUGAAUGAGAGACAAUGAAUUGCAGUGUUAAUGUUCACUGCCUAUUUAGGUUGGUGCAAAAUAUGAUCCCAUUUACAGCUGUGCCAGUUGUAUUGUUCUCCUCUCAUUAAAAAUGUAAAAAGCAGGAAAUCCAUUUUUAUUGUUUCCGUAGGUGUAUAUUAAUAAGAUAAGCAAAUGCAGUUGCGGUGAUUCAAUGCUAGACUUGUGUGUGUGUGUUUUGUUUUUUAAGGUGUCAAAUUAACUGGGUAUAUGAGGAUGUCUUCGGAAACAACGCUCACCUGGAGACAAUCAUCUUGACUGGAAACAAUCUUCUGUUUCUGGCAGACAGAGCAUUCGCUGGACCUCACUCUCUGAAACACCUUGACCUAACGCAAACAGGACUCAGUAGUUUAUCAUCCAUCCCAAUGCAGGACCUGGGUAACUUGGAGACACUGAUUCUAAAAGACAACUACAUCCAAUCACUAGAGCUCCCACCACAUUUUCCAACGAGGAACCUCAAAUAUUUGGAUUUUCAGAUGAACAUAAUACAAAGAAUAUCAGCUGAAGACAUAAGGGUAUUAAAGCGAGUCAGCAAUCUGACUCUCAUUCUUGCAGACAACGAUAUUAUGCACAUUGAGACCAAGGCUUUCAGUUCCAUUUUUUUCUAUACUUUGGAUUUUGGCCAUUGUGUUAAUGUUUCGGUGAUCCUGGAAGGGCUGCAGGAUGCCAGUACUGUUGCUCUUCGACUUGGGAAUUCUUUGGAUAGACAUGCCCUUCCCAUAACUCCCACCAUGUUGCAGGGUAUCUGCAACAUCUCUGUUGACUACCUCUAUCUGCCAUAUCGCCAUUUCCUAUACUUCUCAGCUGACACAUUCCAUUGUUUGGCCAAACUCCAAAAGUUGGACAUGGCCCACACAGACAUCGGCGAACUACCCACUGGCCUGGUUCAGUUGAAUUUCCUGAGGGAACUCAAUCUCGACAAGAAUAAAUUUGAGCACCUUUGCAAUAUCAGGGCUUCUGCUUUCCCCAACCUCACCCAUAUUUCUCUCAGAGGGAAUCUGAAAAGCUUGGAUUUGGGAUCUGGGUGCCUAGGGUCUUUGUCGAAACUGCAACACCUUGACUUGAGCAGAUCUCAAAUAGAAAGCGCCGACUGCUGCAGCAAGCCGCUCCGUGGCCUGAGCAGCUUGCAACACCUCAACCUGAGCUACAAUAGCAAGCUCAGGUUCCACAAUGCAGCUUUCAAUGAAAGCAGUAACCUGAAGGUUCUGGACCUCACUUCCACACAGAUUCUCAUCAAUGCUUCCCAAAGACCCUUCUGCAACCUGCAUUUUUUGCAGAUUCUGAACCUUUCUUACUCUAAAAUUGAUCUCAAUAUCCCACACAUUUUACAAGGUCUGGAGAAUCUUAUUGUCUUGAAGCUGAAUGGAAAUAACUUUGAAUCCAAGACCAUCCUGGAAGACAACCUCUUUCAGCAGGCACCCAAUUUGGAAGUGUUAACUUUAUCUUCCUGCAAAUUGUCAGCUAUACAAACCAAAGCAUUUUCUAGCCUCAAGAAGUUAAAACACAUGGACUUGAGCCACAACAAUCUUAUUGCAUUCAAUUCAGAUGCAUUUUCCAGCCUCAGAAACAUAUAUCUCAAUUUUGCCAACAAUAGGAUCCAUAUUAUCCCACGUGAUAUGUUGACUAACCUAUCUGGCCAGAGUGUAAUCAAUUUAAGUUACAAUCCACUGGAAUGCACCUGUUCCAAUAUUGGAUUAUUAACUUGGUACAAGCAAAACAUAGAUAAAAUUGAAGACUCUGAAGAGACAGUGUGCUCAGAGCCCAAAUCACUAGCGGGCUCUAAGCUCCUCUCUAUAAAUCUGUCCUGUGGGUUUAGCACUGCUCAAGUAGUAUUGAUUGCCUUUGUUACGAUAGCAGUAAUUGUAGUGACCUUCAUUUUGAUCAUACGUUUUUUAAGGAGAAACUACCAACAGCUUUGAGUUCCUGGAGAAAGAAAAGAUAUAAAAGAGUAACAAAAGCCAACAAAUUAGUAGGAAGAUGCUUAUAAGGGAAUUCCACUUUCUAAUACUAAUUUUUGUUCCAGUUGUUGUUGACUGUACAGGCAGUCCUUGUUUUGCAUAGGAGUUCCAUUCUGGACACAUGCAAGCAAAAGCCCACUCUGCUCCACCCCCAACCCCUUUUCAUGACAUCUUUAUGAUGUUUUGGGGCUGUUUUCAGGUUUGGUGCAGUGUGCAUGUGUGUGAUCGCACAUCAUUCAGGUGCGCCUAAAUCAUGAGUUGCCUGUACUGCACUUGGUUAACUUGUUUUUGACAUGAGAUAACAUGGCAAAGGAAAUCACUGCAAGGUAUGGAAAUAAGAGAAAGCCAGAGUUCACUGUUCGGUCUUGCAUUUUCCAGGUAGAGUUCAUUCUCAGUGCCAUAUAGGAGGCUAAAAUUGACCACCUCACAGUGCACCAGGUCAGGGUAAGGUUGACAGUAUCUUAACCUGAAAAAUGUAAGGCAGUUGUUCUUUCCUAGGUGAUCAUUUUACAUUUGGCAAGGAAGACUCCUGCUAAUUCCUGGACAAGAAAAAGCUUGAAAGUACUCAGAAGUACUCAGCCUAGGCUUCUAUAUUUGGAAUAAAAAUGCCACAAUAAUAAAUAGCAAGGCAGUUCUCUUUUUCA